GUUCCUGCUCAGAGCUGCAGUGGAGGAGGAGGAGGUGAAGAGGAGGGAGGUGGCCUGUCAGUGGGAGAGUCCACAGCAGCAGAGCAAAGAGGUGGCGUGUCAGAGCGACUCAGCAGAACACAGGGACGCUGCUGUCCAGGUGGACCUGCUGACUCAGCAGCUCAGCUGGUCACACUCAGCUCCGUCACCUGACAUGCUGCUGCAGUGUUUGUCCGUCAGACCUGAUGGACCACACGGGGGCGCUCUGCUGGAGCAUUGCACCUCCUCCUCCACCAGAACCAGAACCAGAACCAUCAAACCUGCUGUCAGACUCUCGCCCACACUCAUUCCAGAGUCUAGAACCCAGAAGAGACCCACUCCUCAGAACCACAACACCAGCACACGGAACACGGCGACUCCACGCCGCCGCAAACGCUCACGGCUCCCCCGGUCACCUGACACUGAGCAGGAGGAGGAGGACCCAGGAGACACAGGUGAUCCCAGCUGGACUCCAGGUCCAGGUGAAGAAACGGCGGCGUCUCCGGAGAGUGUGUGGCGUGACUCAAACUCCCAGCAUGCACUUGUGGCGGUGAAGCUGGAGGUCGACAGCAUCGUGUGCGACGUUUGUGGGAAAGUGAUGAAGAACAAGUCGAGUUUGGCUCGGCACUCCUUCAUCCACACGGGGAAGAAGCCAUUUGCCUGUCACCUGUGUGAGCUGCGCUUCAACCGCCGCGAUAACCUGCAGCACCACCUGAACAGGCUCCACCCACACGGCGUCACCAGGCUGGAGAAGCAGCGUGCGGCACCGGCGUGGCUCUGCGCCACCUGUGGGAAAACCUUCAGCUGCAGGUCGCGACUGAAGACGCACGAGGUCAUUCACUCCGGAGUCAAACCUCACCGCUGUGACCUUUGCCCUAAAGCCUACAUGAGGACUAACGACCUAGAGCACCACAAGAAGAUCGUCCAUGUAGAGGGCGUGGCCACGACGCCACGGCCCAGCUCACUGCUCUGCGACUUCUGCGGUAAAGAGUUUAAAUGUCGUUCGCAGCUCGUCGUCCACUUACAGACGCACACGGGCGAGCGGCCGCAUCUCUGCGAUAUCUGUGGGCGCAAGUUCGCCCGACAGCACCAGCUCAAACGCCACAAGAUCCUCACGCACGCUAACCACGAGAAUGGAGACGAGCCGCCGACACCUGACACGUCCUUUGCCUGCAGCGUUUGUGGGAAGCAGCUAAAAUCUGAAGCUCACCUUGCCGCUCACUCGCACGCCCACACGGAUGAGAAGCCACACCGCUGCGGCGUCUGUCUGCGAAGUUUUCAGCGUGCCACCUGCCUGAAGCAGCACCACCUGCGCGUCCACCUGAAGGUCAGAGCUAACAAUGCAGCGCGUGGCGUCAGCAGGAACAGGAGGAGCGCGGCACAGGCCAAAACCUUCCCAUGUUCCGUCUGCGGAAAAGUCUUCAAGUUCAAAUCCCUGCUGACGAGUCACUCACUGAUCCACAGCGAAGUCCGGCCGCACGCCUGCGACUUCUGCAGCCGCUGCUUCCGCCGCCGCAGCCACCUGAAGAGGCACCGCGAGGUCGUCCAUGCCAACGGAGCGCGAGCGCCACAGAGUUUCGUCUGCCACAUCUGCGGCAAAGACAAGAAGUGUCGCUCGCAGCUCGACCGCCACGUCAUCAUCCACACGGGCGAGCGGCCGUUCGCCUGCGACCUCUGCUCCGCCCGCUUCAACCGCCGCGGCAACCUGCAGCAGCACAGGAGGCGCAUGCACACCGUGGGGGAGUCGCCCACCGAGGAGGCUCCACCCAUUCUGUUUGAUAACGACAUGAUUCUGACGUACAAACAGGAAGAGACGGUGGUCACUGCUCACACGUCCACCGAGGAGCUAGAGGUGUCGGCCAACGAAGACGACAACACGGACGACGCACAACAGAUUCACACUUCCUGACAACAUGCUG